AUGCGAAGGGAGGGCGGGAUGAAGGCGCGCACUCUGCUGCUGCUCGCCGCGGCCGCGAUUGUGUCCGUUCUCCUGAUUUUCAACACCAGAUUUAUGAGGCUCACUGACCCAGGGACACGUUGUGCGAAUGGUCAGCUCUUCUGCAGGCCAGUGCACCUCCUACCUCAGGAGCCCCUCCACAAAGGGCACCAGGUUGCCAAAGUGGAGCCCAAAACCUGUCAACUACUGAAACUACAGUUUGCGGCGUCCUCUGAGAAGAUCUCAAUAUUGUGCCCCAACGAAGAUAACUUCAGGCCAGCAGCUAGAGUGUUCAAUUCUAGAUUCUCAGACAUCCUCCCGCAUGUGGUGGUUCAGCCCCGCACCGACAAACACAUUGUAGCGGCCCUGAAGAUGGCCAAGAAGGAGGGUUUGAUGGUUACUGUUAGAGAUGGAGGUCACAAUCCUGCAGGGAUCACUGUGCACCCAGGGGCAAUGCUGAUUGACAUGAGCCUAAUGAACCAGAUUAGUGUGGACUACGACCGUAUGACAUUCACAACAGGGGGUGGUACCUUGUGGACUGAAGUGCAGGACAAGAUCAUGCACAAGAAUGUGUCCGUUGUGGGUGGCGGAUGCCCAACGGUUGGUACUGUAGGUCUUGCCCUGGGUGGAGGGCUCUCAUGGCUCUCCAGGUCUAAGGGACUUGUGUCUGACAAUGUGCUGCAAAUGAAGGUGAUCAUGCCCAACGGCAGCAUUGCCAUGGCCAGUGAGUCUACAAACACAGAACUGUUCUGGGGCCUUCGAGGUGCCGGAGGAUCGAAUUUUGGAGUUGUCUCAGAGGCCACCUUCAAGCUGUUCCAUGCGGAAGAGAUGUACUUUGCUGGGAGCCCAUGUUUCCCAAACGUAACUGAUGCAGCCAUGCUUCAACAGCUUUUGGAAUUGUGGUCUGAUGCUGUCGUUGAACUCCAGGAUCCCAGAGUUACUUUAUGGCUAGUCACAUCCAACGGCCAUCGAAAUAAACCUUCAAGCCCAGCCCUCAGGGUGUGCAUCGCACUCUUCUUUGAUGGCCCUGUAAGAGAGGGAGCAGCUGCCAGCCAGCCAAUACUGAGCCGUUUGGGGCAGUUUGCAGAUGAGCACCCAGAUCUGAUGUGUGCUUCCUUUCCUAAGAUCUGUGGGAUGGCCAAAAACCCAUCGACCAGGGGCAACGUACAGUCUGUUGGAGAUUGGUUCAGGGAAGGACAACCAUAUUUGCAGGGCCACACAUUCAUUUCCUGGUCGCGUAGCAUGGGUGCCAACAAAGCCCACAUCUACUGGAAGAGUGGGUUCAUACAAGAGAUAUCACCUGUGAUGGCGAAAACUGCUGCGGACGUCCUGUUUGAUUUUGAUGACAAGAAUGUCCACCCCAACACAACAAAGGGACUGCAUUACCAGUUCCAGAUUGAGCACUUGGGAGGUGCCAUUGCAGAUAAGCCCGCUAAUCACAGCUCUUAUGCUUACCGAUCAGCUCGAAUCCUGUGGGCUAUUCAGGCUUACACUGUCUACCUCCCAACAGCGGAGCAAGAUCGCUUGAUGGAGCGAUGGUCCGCAGAAGCAAUGGCCGAGCUCGAGCCCUUCUUCAGCGGCUCAUACGCAAACUACGCAGAUGAUAAACUGGACGGGUGGGAGCAUAAGUACUACGGUCGGGAGCACUACACAAGGCUGCAGAAGUUGAAAGAGGCCGUCGGCGGCUUUGAAUUGUUCUCCACACGCCAACGUGUGCAGCAGGCGCCGAUUUGA